AAAGACAGUCCAUUAAAUAAAUAAAUAAAAAUACAUAGCCAAUAUUUUGGAGGAUACAUAAUUAAAAAGUAAGUUAAGGGCAAUUUUGUCAACCUAAUGAUUAAUGUUCCUAUAUAAACUAACAAAGAGGACUCCAAAUUAAGAGUGUCCAAACUUGUUGGGAACGACAAACAAACAGUCAAUGGACAUUGCUAUUAUACCUUCCUCCACUUCAUUAUCGACCGUCCAUCACGACGGCGCCGCCUCAAUCUCCACCCUUCAUUCCGACAUAAUCCAAACCCACAUCCUCACUCGUCUCGACGGCCCAACUCUGGCCUCAGUGGGCUGCGCUUCGGCCCAACUCAACUCCCUCUACACGGAAGAGACUCUUUGGACCAACAUUUGCCAUUCCACGUGGCCUUCCACAAGCUCACCACGUGUCCGCCAAGUCAUCGCCGAUUUCCACGGCGCCCACCGAUCUUUCUUCGCCGAUUCCUUCCCUCUAAUCACCACCACAUAUAAUAGCUCGCCCUCAAAUCCCGGCACCGAUGAUCUCCACCGUACGCCGGAAUUCAUCUCAGCCGUCGAUUUCCACUAUCGCGGAGAGCUCAUUUUCAGCAAGGUCGUCGUGACCGAAACCUCGUCGGGGUGGUUUCGCUGCUCGCCUUUCCGGGUCGACCUGCUUCACCCGAAAGACAUCGUCCCGACCCGAAUACCGUACCCGAACGGAAACGAAAUCGACGACGAAACCGCGUGCCGGAAUCUGGCGGAGGAACUGACGCUGAGCUGGAUUGUGAUCGACCCGAUGGGAAGCCGAGCGAUUAACCUCUCAAGCCACAAGCCAGUGUCCGUACAGCGUCACUGGCUGAGCGGUGAGGUUCGGGUGGGUUUUGCGUCGGUGUUGGAGGGCGGGGGGGAUAAAGGGUCGUCGACGGAGUCUGUCACGUGCGAUGUUGUGGUCACGUGCGGAGUUUCCCAAGGCCCGGAAUUGUUGCAGGUGAGGGAAGUGUGUUUAACGGUUGAGGACAUGGAUGGAAGGCAUAUGAAAGGGAAGGAGAGUUUGGUAAUUUUACGAAAAGCUUUGGAGGGUAAAAGGGUAAAUAGUGGGAGAAGGGAAAUGGGAGGAAGGAAAAGAUACGAAGAGUAUUUAGAAAGGAAAAUGAGGAGAAUAGAGAGGAAAGUGAGGACGGAAGGAACGUUAGAUAUUCUAUCGGCUUCAUUAUUAGGAGUUUCAGCUGUGUUUUGUAUAUUCUGGGUAAUUAUGUUCAAAUGAACAACACAACACCAGGAAAAAAAAAAAGAGAAAGAAAUCUUUUUUAUUAUUGAUAUUAAAAUUCGAUACUGAUAUAUUAUAUAUUUAUUACAAGACAAAAAUAAAUUAAUCUUUAAUUUUUGACA